GUUGAACCAAUUUGUGGUCGAAUUAUAAAUCGAUAUAGACAAUUUAGCAAAACAACAUCAAUUAUGGAUUUCAUUAGAUGGUUUUCAUCAACGAGUCCCUUUUCGAUUUUUUAUUUAUUUAUUAAUUAAUUUAUUGAAAAAAAUCUUAUUUAAGUCAGGUGAUGAACACUCGUCUAUUAAAUAGUGAUUUAAUAAUAAUAGAUAAAGGUAAUAUUGUUGGUCGAUAUUCUAAAAUAGAUUUAUUUUAUGCUCAACCUGCUUAUCUAGUUAUUCGAGAGUCAGAUUUUACACAACCUGAUUCAUCAAUUCCUAAUCCAAUUGAAACACCAGCUGGAAGAAUUCCUCUUGGAAUUUGUUAUCAUCUUCGUUUUGUUGAAUUAGCUCGAUUAUAA